GGAACCCAUCCAAUUAAUCGUUCCAAGCGCUAUAAAAACGAAUUAUUUUAUCGAAUGAAGCAUCAGUAACACAGCAUCGUUUGCUAAAUUCACUUGAAUUUUAUUCAACACCAAUCCCCCCAUAAGCAUCAUGUCUGCCAAAUUUGUGAUCUGCCUGGCUCUCUGCGCCCUGAGCACCGUGUCGGCUGGAGUCCUGCCCUUGGCCGCGGCCCCAUUUGCGGCUGCAGGUGUUGUGGCCCCUUACGCCACCUCGUACAAUGCUCACACCGUCAACCACGCCAUUGCUGCUCCCUAUGUUGCUGCCGCCGCUGCUCCACUGGUAGCUGCCCCAGCUGCCAAGCUCCUGGCUGCUCCAUCUCCCUUUGCGUACUCUGCCUACGGUGCAGCUCUGCCCGCAUUCAGCCCCUACACCGCUCUGCCAGCCGCUAGCUACGUGCUGUAAGUCCAGUCGUCGAUAGCCCGUUCUCCUAGUAUGAAUCUAGAUCAAGUACCUACCCAGAACAACAACGUGAUAUCCAGAACGCCAUAUUGGCGAGGCAUAGCCGCACAGUGGUGACCCCUGGGCCAAUUCUACCGUUUGAGUCACAAAUGGCUGCC